ACACUCGUAGCCUGCUCUUAUCUAUUGUCCAACCUUUUUUUUUAAUUUCCAACACAUUGAAACGAUUAGUCUCUAAUUAGCAAGGCCCUAACACCUUAACAUUGUUGUUACAGGCAUCCAAUACAAGAAUGUUCUCCUGGUUUGCUAUCCUCACAUUCAGCCUAUGUCUUGGUUUAAACCUGGUCAGAGCUGCCCAAGUGACGGACGUGUGCCCUCCACAGCUGGCCAGAGAUCAAUACCUCCAAGUGAGAAAUAACAUCUGCUACCAGUUCGUGUUUUACAGGAAGCUGACCCACUCGGGGGCUAAAGCAGAGUGCGAGAGAAUCGGGGGCAGCUUGGUGCUGGUCAAAGACCAGGACACCCAGAACUAUCUCUCCUCUCAGAUAGCUCACUAUGGGCAUCUUCUAGCUCGAGUGUGGAUUGGGCUCAAUGACAUAGUCAACGAGAAUAACUUCGUCUGGGACGACGGUACCAGGCCUGGGUACACCAACUGGGCUGAACACGAGGGCCCUGGUGCUGGCGGUGACCACGACGCUCACGACUGCGUGGUCCUAGAUUUGACAGCUGGGGGAAAAUGGCGGGUGUUUACCUGCGAGAAAAGCAGUUUCCUUUUUAUUACCACUGAUGAGACACACUACUACAUUUGUCAAUACCAGGUCCAUCCAGUUACUAAUCAUGUGGUCAUCCAGAUAGGCGAUCAGGCUACCACUCAGGCUCCAUUGGUACACGUGACUUCUAUAACACAUCCUUGUCCCAUACUCAUCUGUAAUCUGGACUGCGGCGUAAAUGGCUUUCAAACAGACCCUUCUACAGGUUGUGUUAUUUGUCAAUGCAAGUAGCCAUGAACAAUGUUUCCCUCGGACAAAACUAAAUGGAAGCUUUGACAUUGAAAAAUUGGACCCACCAUUUACGACAGUUAUUUGGAUCCUAGAAACCUAGUUAAAAUUAUUUUUAAAAAAUAGUACAAUAUAUAAUUUACAUUGACAAUUUA